AUGAAGAUCGAGUUUGCGGCUGCUGCAGCCAUCGCAGCCUCAGGCGUCGUUGCUCAGUCUUCGUCUGCACCUAUCACUUCUGCUGCAGUCAGCACUUCAACUGCAUCACCGGUCUACGUCACGCUGACAAUCGAUGACUGCGAUACUACUGCACCUCCACAGAUGGUCACAGUGACCAAUGGAGUCACACUUACUUACUGUCCCAAAUGCGAAGAGGCUUCAAUGACCUCUGCCGCUGCUCAAGUCACUCCUUUCACCACAAUCUGGACAACGACUUAUCUUUCUCUUUGCACGACUGGUACAUCUCACGGUAUGACACCAGUUGUCUACACCGUCACCGAGUCAUGUACCGAACCUACCCCUACCUGGACCCCUGGUCCGUCUUACGUUCCUCAAGGCUUCACCACCACCGAAGUCGUCUGUCACCAAUGUGCCGAAACUCCUCAAACCUACACUGUCACUCAACCUUGCGACUGCGAGGCUACUCCUGCCCCUGCCCCAGCAAACCCCACUGGCUCCUCACCAGGAGGCAAUGGCGGCAAUGGAGGAAACGGUGGCAAUGGAGGCUCGGGAAGCCCUGGUGGAAACGGAGGUAACGGCGGCAAUGGCGGGAACGGCGGCAAUGGAGGUUCCUCAAGCCCUGGAGGCAAUGGCAGAAAUGGUGGAAACGGAGGCAACGGAGGAGAUGGAGGCUCUUCGAGCCCUGGUGGAAAUGGCGGAAAUGGAGGCAAUGGUGGCAACGGAGGAAACGGCGGCGAUUCUGGUCCAGGAGGCAAUGGAGGAAACGGAGGCAACGGCGGAAAUGGCGGCAACGGAGGCUCAGGAAGUCCUGGCACACCUGGAAGCAAUGGAGGCGCACCUGCUGCACCCUCUGUCCCUACUGCUCCUGCUGCUCCUGCUGGCAACGUCGUCACCCAGAUCAGCGAUGGUCAGAUCCAAGCACCAACCGGCAACCCUCAACCCGUCACUCAGAUCUCAGACGGCCAGAUCCAGGCUCCUACCGCAGGUGUCGGCCGCCCAGAGGGUAACUCGACUGUCACCGCUCCUUGUCCUGGACCUCAAUGCAAGCUCUCGACUGCCGCAUCACCCACCGGCCCUGCAGCUGCUCCUACCAGCCCAGUCACAUACACUGGUGCUGCUUCAAGCUUCAGCAUGAGCGGUGUCUUCGCAGCGCUCAUCGCAGUUGCUGCUGCUGGGUUCGCCGUGCUUCUCUAG